AUGUCACAACUACUCGGUCUAUGCCAUGAGCUCCUGCACAAUAUCUUCACCCAGCUGGACCCCUCGGAUCUAGCAUCAGUAUCACGCAGCUGCCGGCCAUUGAAUCGCUAUGUCAAGAACAACAAGCUGCUUUUCAAAGAAUUGUACCUACAGAGAUGGGACGACCCAAGCCCAACAGCAGACGGCGCAGAGCCGGACUGGGAGUUCGAACUUCCGAAGCUCGUUGCAUUUCAGAAGCUCCUCGAAAGCAGCAACACUACACUUUCCAUCGCCGACAUAACCCAACAUGUCACCACCCUCCUCUCUACCGCCGCUACAGGCUCCACACACUCCCUCAACGUGGCCUUCCUGGCCCGAAUCUUCAAGCAACCGCACACGAAGUACCUCUUGCUUUGCAACUCUUCCCUCUACGAAGCUGGCGAAGUGCACUUGAACGCCCACUACCAAAACUCGAGCCGGCCCAUCCUUUCAUCCGCCCCAAUGGCAGGACGCGAACGCCAGCUCAGUGCAAAACUGCACUGCCUUUACGGGGUCCCCAUUGACGUGAAUUGGAAGGUGUCCGAUCGAUCCGAAACGCUCGACGCUACAGAAUCGAUGGAAGCAGUAACCAAGAUCUACAGAUGCAUAAACCCGUACGCCCGAUCCCGCGUGUACGACCUUCGCAGGUACACCGAGCAGACAUUUUGGGGCCCAUUCGUGGACGAUGCAUCCGAGCACGUGGACUGGGAGAUGCUGGAGUCUAUCAUGGUUGUGCUGGGAUACAAUCUCGGCAUGUUCAGCGAGCGGACGAGGGGCCUGUUUGGACCUGUGUGGGACAAGCCCUUCGAGGGGGCGGUGCCGGGGAGUUUUGUUCCGCCGCCUAAGGAGGAACCGUUCUGUUCCAAGCACACGAGGCACGAUUCUGGACUCGCUGAGGUGCCCGCUUUGAUUAAAGAGCCGAGCUUAUCACUUGAUGCGAGGGAUCCGUACGGCGUCACUGGAACUUGGCGGCGGGUUGUCUGUUUCCUUGAUUACAACGACUUCUACCGCUUCAACUUUUCAGACUCCCGACCGCUCCCCCUGUCUACCUCCCGGCCUCCCAUAACAACUCAAGAAGCAAUCCGCCUCAUCACCCUCAAACUCCACGUCACCAAGAUCGAACCGCCUCAGCCUCAUACGCCUCAUUCGCUCCCAACUGUGCACUUCAAAGGCACCUCGAGGAGCAUGCACAGCCAUUGGGAUCCGAACGCCAACAGCACGAUCGUUGGAACGGUCUCCCCGACGGUGGAGGGGGAGAUUAGGUGGACGACUUUGUCGGUCUUCUUUGGAGAAGCGCGGUGGCGGAGCGAAGGGAUACAAGUCGGCGGUCCGAGAUCAGCCAGGGGCGUUAUUGGGACGUGGUUUGACAAAGACUACGACGAGCACGGGCCGUGUGGUCCGACGGCAUUCUGGAAGAUUAGCGAUGAUGAGGGAUACUGCAAGUGUCCGGGCGGCGGGCAGGAGGACGGGCUUGAUGAGAGCGAUUGA